AUGAUCCGACACGUUGGAACAGUUCCGAGCCGACCUCGUAUUAUGACCGGUGCUGUGAAGGAUUUUACCAUAGACAAUUUUAAGAACAGUAGUCCGACCUCGUGUGACAAUAUUCACCGUUCAAUCGACGAAUUCCCCAGGGAUUUCUUCACCGAAGAACAAAGACGUCACGGAGCUGUUAUCGUUCACUUAAUCCUGGCAUUUUAUGGAUUCCUAUUUAUAACAUUUGUUUGUCAGGACUAUUUUCUACCAUCAGUAUUAUAUAUAUGUUUAGAUCUGGGCAUCUCGCCGGACGUUGCCGGUGCCACGUUCAUGGCGGCGGCAACUUGCACGUCGGAGCUUCUAGUCUCCGUGAUCGGAACUUUCGUGACCAAGUCCGACCUCGGCGUGGGCACUGUGGUGGGCAGCGGCGUGUACAACACGCUGGGCGUGUCGGCGUGCGCCGGUCUGGCAGUCUGCGGUCAGCCAAUUGCCGUGGAAAAGUGGCCGCUGAUCCGGGACAGCACCGUGUACGCAACGUCCAUAGCCGUUCUGGCCGCCAUCGCCGUCGACAACGUGAUCAUGUGGUACGAGGCUCUGAUCAUGGUCACCAUGUUCUUCGGAUACUUUGUUUUCUUGUUCACGCAAUACAAGCUCGUAGAAGCAGUCGAACAGUGGAGAUGCAACAGUCGGUUGCCUGUGUUUGAGCGUAUCAAACGAUUGAUAUUUUGUAGAAAGUACGCUUCGAUGAAAUCUCAAAAUGUCACACUACACAGAAGUGGUACACAGAUACGUCAAUACGGAACAGUCGAACACCAGCUGCAAGAAGGCGAGCGGGCGUCAUCGAAAAUAAUAUUUACUUCGACGAAGUCAACUUUCAGUGAACGCGAUCAAUCGGAUGUCGAUGAACAAACUUAUAUUUUACCUCCAUCAAAAUCGUCCGGGAGCAAUAUGUUGCUGAUCGUCUGGCGAAUGUUCUGCUCACCGGUUAACUUUGCUCUGUGGGCCACGAUACCGGAUUGCCGGACCAAUCGAUCACUAUUCCCUAUCACGUUUGUCAUGUCCAUCAUAUGGGUCAGCGCUAUCACGUACGUUUUGUCAUGGUUCUUAACGAUAUGCGGUGAUACGUUUCAUGUCAGUGACGUUGUCAUGGGCAUAGGGGUCUUGGCGGUCGGCAGCAGUAUUCCCGAAGCCGUUUCGGGCAUAAUAAACGCACAAAACGGCGAAGGGUCCAUGAGCAUCAGCAGUGCGCUGGGCUCUAACACGAUGGACAUACUACUGUGUUUGGGUCUGCCGUGGUUCGUCAAGUGCACGCUGCCAAUGUCGAUGAAUGGCGGACCCGUCACACUGCAAACCGACACCUUGUUCUUUAACUGCAUGUGCAUGAUCGCCAGCGUGGUCAUCCUCAAUGUGGCGGCCGCCAUCAGUGGGUACAAAAUGCACAAACCAUUUGGAGUCAUGUGCCUUGUCGCACAGAUGGUUGUCAUCGCGGCGUUGAUAAUCAAUGGACUGAACGUUGCCAGAGACGAUGGAACCGUACCAGUACGGUGUACUUGA